UGUCAGUCUGUUAGAGCUCUCACGUAGUGUGUUGGUAAAGCAGCUGCACACGAAGGAAGCACCAAUUGUCCUCAAACCGAACAAACCCGCCGCCGCCGGAUGUGAUAUCAGACGCCCGUGUAUUUCCGGUGUGGUGAACACAUCUCUGUUCUGGAUUUUGCAGCAGUGGUGUUUUGAAUCUUACUGCUGGCAUUUAGCACCAACAAGCAUCAUGUUCCCAAUAACUAAAGACUGAAAGUGAUUAUCAUUGCUACUGGUUGUGGUUCGCAAAGCGUGCUGUGGGAAUGGCCGGGCACUUCCGCAGCUAUGUAUGGGAUCCCAUUCUUAUCGUAGCUCAGAUUAUCCUGAUGCAGUGCAUCUAUUACAGUUUCCUCGGCAUUUGGUUGGCUGUCGUGGACAGCCUGGUACAGAACAGUCGCUCGCUCGAUCAAGUAUUUAGCUAUGAGGUGCUGGGAUUUUCCACAGCUCAGGGGAGGCUGUCGAUGAUGGCAUUUGUCCUCAAUUCACUCACAUGGUCUUACCCUCGGCCCCACGAAUACCUUCCCAUUGCUGAUUUGCCAAAAGUAUGGGAUUGGCGCAAUGUGAAUGGCACUAACUUUGCGAGCACCACCAGGAACCAGCACAUCCCCCAGUACUGUGGAUCAUGCUGGGCCCACGGGAGCACCAGUGCACUGGCAGAUCGGAUCAACAUUAAACGCAAAGGUGCUUGGCCAUCUGCUUACCUGUCUGUGCAGCAAGUCAUUGACUAUGCCAAUUCAGGCUCCUGCGAAGGGGGGGAUCACAUGGGAGUCUGGGAAUAUGCACAUACACACGGCAUUCCAGAUGAGACCUGCAAUAACUACCAGGCCAAGGACCAAGAUUGUAUGCCUUUUAACCAAUGCGGCACCUGCACAACCUUUAACGUCUGCCACAUGGUCAAGAAUUACACACUCUGGAAGGUUGGUGACUUUGGCAGAGAAGGGCGAGAGAAUAUGAUGGCAGAGAUUUAUGCCAACGGUCCAAUCAGUUGUGGCAUUAUGGCUACAAGAAAACUGGACGCCUACACUGGAGGAGUGUAUAUGGAGUACCAAGCAGAGCCAGCAAUAAACCAUAUCAUGUCAGUGGCAGGCUGGGGUGUAGAGAAUGGAAUUGAAUACUGGAUUGUGCGCAACUCUUGGGGCGAUCCAUGGGGGGAAAGUGGUUGGCUCCGAAUCGUCACCAGUCCCUACAUGGGAGGGAAAGGAAACUCCUACAAUCUGGCAAUCGAACAGAACUGUGCCUAUGGGGACCCUAUCCUGUAGUAGUGUACAGGUUUUGCCACACACCUACUCUUCAUAGGAAUGGAACUUUUUUUAAAAAUACAUUACCACUUUAAGAAGAAAUCUAAAAUGUAAAUCUGAGGUAUACAAAUUACUUUGCCUCAAGAGGUGACUGAAUUGAAUGAUUUUUAUUUUAAAACAAGGAUAAAGCUGUAUAACAGGAAACAGAAGGGAAUAAUUUUGGUUCCAAGAGGCUAAAACCACGACAUGAAUUAAAAAACCUCUUGAGAAUCACAGGUUUUUUUUUUUGCACUCAUGUCCAGCACACCUGUAAAACAAACACUAUUUGCUCACAGGUUCCAAUGCAACAGAAAUAUCGUUUUGAACAAUCUCCAUGUCACUUUGUAAGUAAAAAGGAAAUCAGAACAAUAUUAUCUUUUCCUAAAAUAUAUGAAAUAAGACAGUGCUUCAGGAUCUAUAUCUUGUGAAUUUAUCCAUAACCUGGUCGGUUUACUCUACACUAUCUGAUUAUAAGUCAUCUUUGUAAUGAGACAGCAGCCCUACAGUCCUCAGGGUAAAUGGCAACUUUACUAAACUGGACCAAAGAUAAUGAUUGUUGACUCAAUCAACAACAGGAUCAGACAGCAGUUCAACAUUAUUAUUUACCAGAGGCAGCACUGACAACAUCAUCUGCAAAUAUACCUUACUGACACAACCCAGUUAUCAACUGGAAUUGCAAAGAUGCAAAUGGUGCUACUAAGCUCAAAUGUCACUUACGCAACCAUCAACAAAAUCUAAUUUACUUUUUCAUUCAUUCACAAGAUGAAGGUGUCACUGGUUGGACCAGCAUUUAUCACCCAUUCCUAACUGUGAUGUGGGGGUACUGGUGUUGGACUGGGGUGGACAAAGUCAGAAAUCACAUGACACCAGGUUAUAGUCCAACAGGUUUAUUUGAAAACACAAGCUUUCAAAACCUGAAAGGCUGAGACUCCGAAAGCUUAUGUUUUCAAAUAAACCUGUUGGACUAUAACCUGGUGUCAUGUGAUUUCUGACUUUGUCCAUUUGUAAUUGCACUGAGUAGUUGGUGGUGAGCUGGGUGAGCUGCCUUGAACUGCUGCAGUCCAUUUGCUGUAUAUAGACCCACAAUGCCAUUGGAGGUGGUGGUCCAGGAUUUUAAUCCAGUGAUACCAAAGGAACUGCGAUAUUUCCAAAUCAGGAUGUUGAGUGGCUUGGAGGGGUAACCUUCAGUGGUGGUAUUCCCAUGUAUCUGCUGCCGUUGUUUUUUGAGAUGGUAGCGUGUUUGGAAGGUGCUGUCUCAGGAGCCUGAGUGAAGUUAUGCAGCGCAUCUUGUGGGUAGUACAUACUGCUGCUCGAGGGGUAUUGUAAAGCUAAUGGCUUUGGAUUUUCUUUCAAAGUAAACAAAAGCAGCACGAGUGGGUAGAGUUUUUGCUUUCAGUUGUUAAGUUGGUUUUUUUGGAGUUGAAGGGGCUAGAUACAGCUCUCUCUCUCUCUGCUACUAGAUGCAUUCGUUCAGUCUUUCUCCUGAACCAGAGGAGAUAGCAAGUGACCAAAUCUGUUCUUUUGAAUUUGCCUUUGCAGAUGCUGCUCUAUUGAAACAGUGGAUAAGUAAUUGUUGAAUAAUAUAUUAAUGAUUUCAAUAGAGUUAAAAGAUAUGCCAGUUGUUUUUAUUUGUAUUUUAACUGAAGUGUAAGAAUAAAGUGUUUUGCUAAAA